CAGCUGCCGUGGAACGUCUUCUCUUCCUCCCCUCCCAGCAGCGCGCGGCAGCACCAACGGCUCCCACUCCGUCUCUAUUCCCGGAGAGACCGCCUCCAUUUUAACACCGAAGCCCGGCGGAGGUGUAAGCGGCUCGCAACGGACUCAGCGGCCGGCGGAGGGACACGUAGCUGCGGGCGGUGGGGUUCUCUUACCCCCUGUGUGUGUGGCUCGCUCUUAUCUAACUCAUCGCGCCUGAAUCAGCCCUUUUUUUUUCUGGGAUGGCGUCGCUGCGACAGGACGCAGCCCGACCGUUCGUGGAUUUGUGAGGAUUUUACGGCGAAAUAUCUUGAAUCAGCGGCGGAGAGGAGGAAGGAAGAGGAGCGGCUUCUGGUGGUCAGGUUCUCAGCGAGGAUGCGGCAGUGAGCAUGCUCAGAGCGCUGAUCGUUACCAUGGCGGUAUUCGGCGGCGGCGGCGGCCAGGCGUGCAGCGGCCAGGACAACUGCUCGGUCAACAACGAGUCCAAGGACUACUGCUACUCGGCUCGCAUCCGCAGCACGGUGCUGCAGGGGCUGCCGUUUGGCGGCGUGCCCACCGUGCUCGCCCUCGACUUCAUGUGCUUCCUGGUGCUGCUCUUCGUCUUCUCCAUUCUGCGUAAGGUGGCGUGGGACUACGGCCGCCUGGCGCUGGUCACCGACGCUGACAGCGUGAGACGAGACACAGAUAACUAUGAGGCGGUAACAGGCAACAGCGUUGCCUCGGCGAUGCACUCGGAGACGCCCGACCGCUACGAACGUCUCACGUCCGUCUCCUCGUCCGUCGACUUCGACCAGAGAGACAACGGUUUCUGCUCGUGGCUGACGGCCAUCUUCAGAAUAAAGGAUGAAGAGAUCCGGGAGAAGUGUGGCGAGGAUGCUGUCCACUACCUGUCCUUCCAGCGCCACAUCAUCGGCCUGCUGGUCGUGGUCGGCGUCCUCUCCGUCGGCAUCGUCCUGCCCGUCAACUUCUCCGGAGACCUGCUGGUCAGAUAUAUCAGUAAGGAAGCUUUCCUAAGCCAAGGAGUCCCCAGACCUCCUUCUAAAGAAGAAAACAACGCCUACAGCUUCGGACGCACCACGAUAGCCAACCUGAAGUCUGGGACCAAUCUGUUGUGGCUGCACACUACGUUUGCCUUCAUGUACCUGCUGCUGACCGUCUACAGCAUGAGGAGACACACGUCCAAGAUGCACUACAAGGAGGACGACCUGGUGAAGAGAACUCUGUUCAUUAACGGCAUCUCUAAAUACGCCGAGGAGAGUCAGAUCAAACAGCACUUUGAACAGGCGUACGAGAACUGCACGGUGCUGGAGGCUCGGAUCUGCUACAACGUGGCCAGACUGAUGUCUCUGAACGCAGAGAGGAAGAAGACGGAGCGCAGUAAGAAGUUCUUCACCGACCUGAUGGCCAAGGAACACGUUCCCACGAUGAUCAACCCCAAACCCUGCGGACACCUCUGCUGCUGCGCCAUCACCGGCUGCGAGGAGGAGGAGGCGGUCAGCUACUACACCAAGAGAGAAGCCAAGCUGAAGGAGGAGUACCGCAAGGAGAAGGAGAAGGUCCACACCAAGCCGCUGGGCAUGGCCUUCGUCACCUUCCAGAACGAGUCCAUGACCGCCAUUAUUUUGAAGGACUUUAACGCGUGCCAGGUUCAGGGCUGUCGCUGUCAACAGGAGCCACAGUCGUCUCAGUUCAGCGAGGUUCUUCAUGUCCACAACUGGAGCGUUUCGUACGCGCCCGACCCGCAGAACGUCCGCUGGGAGCACCUGUCGCUGGGCGGGAUCUCCUGGUGGAUCCGCUGCUUCAUCAUCAACGUCAUCCUCUUCCUGCUGCUCUUCUUCCUCACGACGCCCGCCAUCAUCAUCUCCACCAUGGACAAGUUCAACGUCACCAAGCCCGUCGAGUAUCUUAACAACCCGAUCGUGACUCAGUUCUUCCCCACUCUGCUGCUCUGGGCUUUCUCUGCUCUGCUGCCCACCAUCGUCUACUACUCCGCCUUCUUCGAGGCUCACUGGACCAGGUCUGGAGAAAACAGGACGACCAUGCAUAAAUGCUACACCUUCCUGAUCUUCAUGGUUCUGCUGCUGCCGUCUCUCGGCCUCAGCAGCCUGGAUGUUUUCUUCCGCUGGCUCUUCGAUAAGAAGUUCCUCGCUGAUGCCACAGUCAGAUUUGAGUGCGUCUUCCUGCCAGACAACGGAGCAUUCUUCGUGAACUACGUGAUCGCCUCGGCGUUCAUCGGGAACGCCAUGGACCUGCUGCGGAUCCCCGGCCUGCUGAUGUACAUGAUCCGGCUGUGCCUGGCGCGCUCGGCCGCCGACCGCCGCAACGUCAAGAGGCACCAGGCCUACGAGUUCCAGUUCGGAGCGGCGUACGCCUGGAUGAUGAACGUCUUCACCGUAGUGAUGGCCUACAGCAUCACCUGCCCCAUCAUAGUACCCUUCGGUCUGAUGUACAUGCUGCUCAAACACCUGGUGGACCGGUACAACAUGUACUACGCCUACCUGCCCUCCAAACUGGACAAGAAGAUCCACUCGGCAGCUGUGACCCAGGUGGUGGCGGCUCCCAUCCUCUGCCUCUUCUGGCUGCUCUUCUUUUCCACCGUACGCACAGGUUUCGAGACGCCGACCUCCAUGUUCACUCUGGUGGUGCUGAUCGUCACCAUCGUGGUCUGUCUGUCUCACGUCUGCUUCGGACACUUCAAGUACCUCAGCGCCCACAACUACAAGGUACACACACUGAUCGACACCAAGGAGACCGACGUGGACGCUGUGGAGAACGGACGUCCCGUUCGUCCCUCCUCCUCCCCCACCAUCAAAUCUCAGCUCCAGCAGCAGCAGCAGCAGCAGCAGCAGAUGUACAUCGCCCAGGUUCUCCAGGACCCAAACUUAGACGAGCCGGGCGGGGGCAGCGGCGAGGAGGACCGCGGCUCGUCCCAGGACGAGGAGAUGCUCAACGGGAGGAACAGCAUCAACGAGGCGGAUUUUCAGUCAGGGGAGGACAGUCUGAUUGCCAACGAGGUCCACCAGUAGCUGGGGGUGGAGCCAGAGGGAGGGGGCGGAGCUAGCAGCUAGAGAACCAAGCUGAGCACACGCAGACAGACUGAGUGACGCCGUUUAGCUCCACGCCCUCCCAGCUCGAAGACUUGACCCUGGCUGGCUCGCCAAC